GAUAGAAUAGGGAAAAAUCUCGUUGCUGUCGCAUACGCAUACGCACCAGCGGGUACAUCACUUUGUUAUUUGAAGCUGCAUAAUUUGUUUAUCAUUAACAAGUGCCAUCAUGGAAUUUUUGAGCUUCAAUCCGAGUACAAAACAGUUAAUGCUCGAUAGCUGCGCAAUUCCCAAGCCCAAGGAAGAUGAAGUUCUCAUUAAAGUUGCAUUCUCUGGAAUUUGUGGGACUGAUCUCCAUAUUUUGGAAGGAUCAUUUCCAGCGAAGAAGGACGGUUGUUUAACCCUUGGCCAUGAGUUCUCGGGGACUAUUGAGGCCCUUGGAGGUGCUGUAAAGACAUUGAAAAUUGGACAAAAAGUUGCGGUGGAUCCGAACAGCGGCUGCAACAAAUGCAGCUUCUGUCACAAUGGAAAAUAUCACUUUUGUGAGAAUGGAGGAAUAAAUAACACCAUUGGAAUAUUCAGAAAUGGGGGGUGGGCAACUCAUGCUGUUGUUCCAGAGACUCAGGUCCAUUUGCUGCCGGAAGGAGUGGAGAUGCCUCAAGCCGCUUUGACUGAACCCCUGUCCUGUCUUGCUCAUGGAUGGGACUUGAUAAAUCCAGUAAAUGUUGGCUCCAAAGUCCUAAUCAUCGGGUCUGGCAUCAUCGGACUUCUCUGGGCGUGUCUUUUGCAUCUUCAUGGCUUGAGAAAAACUGUCUCAAUCAGCGAACCCCAGCCCGGAAGACGAGCAGCUGUCAAUAAACUCGAUCUAGAUUAUGACGUCAAUAGCCCUGGGGAUCUCAACGGCCAGAGUUUUGAUCUCGCAAUGGAUUGUAGUGGAUCAGGUCCAGCAAUGGAAGCUGCUGUACCCCUUCUGAGACGUGGGGGACGUCUCUGUGUCUUCGGGGUAGCCAAUCCCAAUGCCACAUUAACUCUAAAACCAUUCGAGAUUUACAUGAAGGAAUUGCAGGUGUUGGGAGUCAAUAUAAAUCCAUUCAGCUUCCCCAAGGGUCUUUCGCUCGUUCAGGCAAUGUCAAAUCGUUAUCUUGUGUUCGAUAAAUUAGGGAUCAAGGUUUUCAGACUGUCUGAAUACAAAGAAGCCCUCGAGGCUCUCAAGAAAGGGCAGAUCAGUAAAGCAAUGUUCAGAUGUAAUUGAGGUACACCAUAAGCAAAAUAUAUUUGUGGAAGAAACAAUUUUUAUUAGAUCAAUCGAAAAGCCUCCUGUUAUUGUCUCUUGAGCAUUACAAAAUUUGAAAAUCCUUUCGGUAAAUUAUUCGGUAAAAAUUUUAGUAGAAAAGACGGUCAAUAAACCUAGUCGACUAUUAUUAGUUAAGUUGUCAUAGCUCUAGAUAUGUAGUUCUCUUACUAGUGAAAAUAGUUGAUAACUUUUAUCAAAUUACAAAGUUAUCCGAAAACUCCUACGUUUAGGUGAGUGAUACAGAACUGUGCAAAGUGCAGAGUAUUUCAAGUACCUUGCAUUGAAGUACAAAAAAUUAAACUCUGUCGAGUUAUUGUACAAUUUUCUACAAGCUAAUGGCGGCUUUGAGACGAGCCAAAUACAUUAUCUACGAUCAAAUGGAAUAAGAAGACUCACUCAAAAACUUUUGUUGUUUGCAUUAAUGUCAAAGAAUUAAAAAUAUUGUGUAAAA